AUGACAACUGGUAUUGUAUUUGGUCUUACACAUAAGAGCAUUGAUCAUUUUCAGACUGACUAUAAUUUGAAAGUCACUGAGAAAUUAGCAUUGUCAUUGACCUAUGAUAUUUCAUCUGGUCUGUUAGCAAUAUUUAUAUCAUACUAUGGAGGGAGAGGAAACAAACCAAGAUGGAUUGCAGUUUCAUCCAUUUUGAUAGGCGUGGGAUCAUUUUUAUGUUCUUGUCCAUACACUUCUGGUGGAGAUUAUCAAUUGAGGAUGGAAAUUGAAGAUAUUUGCCAAGAACCGAAGGUCAUCAGUACUUGCCGGGAUAAGCUGCCAGUAUUCCCAUCAAAAUAUACAUAUUUCUUCACCUUUGGCCAGACUGUGCAGGGAAUAGCAGGAUUGCCUCUUUAUAUCCUUGGAGAAAUCUUUGUGGAUGACAGCGUUGACAGACACUCACUUGGUACCUAUCUAGGCUUUGCAGAAGCUUCAACAAUAAUUGGAUAUGCUUUGGGUGUUACGUUAGGAGCAUCACAAGAUCUGGACACUGUCAAUAGUACUUUUACAAAACACCCUCGAUUUAGAGAAUAUAGUGUGCGUUGGAUAAGGACUUGGUGGAUUUAUUUUCUUCUUACUGCUUUCAUUGCAUGGUCUACAUUAAUACCAUUGUCCUGCUUUCCAUAUUAUUUGCCAGGUACAGCAAAGAAAAAAGCUGAAAAACGUAAACAACCUGAUUGGCCUCAUAAUGAUGAUGAACAUCAGGAAUUUGGAACUAGUAUCAAGGAUUUGUUUGCUUCUGUUUUGAUUUUGAUAAAGAAUCCAGUGUUGGUGUGCACAGCUGUGUCUAGAGCUGUAGAAUAUUUACUUAUUAUUGGAAUUGGUGAAUUUUUGCCUAUAUAUAUCGAACAUCAGUAUGAAUUAUCACACGCAAUGGCAACAAUUCUUUCAGGACUUCUUUUCUUUCCAGGAUGUGCAAUUGGCCUGAUACUGGGAGGUGUCAUUAUUUCCAAGUUAGAAAUGUCUCCUAAAGCCAUUAUGAGAUUUAUAAUAAUUACAUCUGCUAUAACACUUAUACUACUUGCAUUUAUAAUUUUUGUACGCUGUGAAGCAGUGCAGUUUGCUGGGAUCACUGAAAAUUAUGAAAGAACAGGGCAGUUGGGAAACCUGACAGCUCCUUGUAAUUCUCACUGUAAAUGCUCAUCUUCAUUUUAUUCUUCUAUAUGUGGAAGAGACAAUAUUGAAUAUUUCUCCCCCUGCUUUGCAGGCUGUACAAGUUCAAAAAUAUUUGCAGCUCAAAAGCUAUACUACAAUUGUUCUUGCAUUACCAAAGGAUUAUCAACUGAAGAUGAUGAAGGUUACUUUCCUGAUGCUGAACAUGGGAAAUGUGAUGCAAAGUGCUAUAAAUUACCUUUGUUUAUUUCUUUUAUCUUUUCUACAAUUUUAUUUGCUGGUUUGUCCGGUGUACCACAUGUUGUGACCAUUAUCCGAAGUGUAUCUGAAAACCACCGUUCCCUGGCCUUGGGUGUGGCUUUUGGGAUUUUGAGAUUAUUUGGGACUAUUCCUGGGCCAUUCCUUAUUAGAAUGAUAGAAGAAAGUUCUUGUACCUUCCAUGAUACUGGGACUUGUGGAUUUGCAGGAAGUUGUCGGAUUUAUAACAAGUUGAAAAUGGCCUCCUUAUUGGUAGAGAUAUGUUUUCUUUUCAAAGGUCUCUCUAUCUGCUUUAUUGCUAUUGCAUUUUACACAUAUUCACAUUCUGUUCAAGAGAACAUUGACAUGCUGCCUAUAGGUGGUCAAGAAUGA